GAAAAGUGCCGUUGGCUCUGUCGUCACCAGUAGGCGGGGCUUACAUCAGAAGAGGUUUGUGUGUUUUUGAGAAGCGACUUUCUCACAGCACUUGUUAGAUAGGAGGUGAGCGGACACUCACCUGUUGACAAAACGCCACCGGACUGCUCUUAACUCCCAAAUUCUAUUACACCGAUUGGCGUUUUCCCCCAAAAUGGCGGAUACGCUUUUACCAAACGGCCUCAAGGAAAGUCGAGGAGACGACAAGUACUUCAGAAAGGGUUGCAAUCCAUUCGCCCAGACGGGACGAAGCAAACUGCAGAACAAGCGAGCCAGUCUGAACCAGCAGAUCAUCAAGGAGAUGAGGAUGCGAGCAGGAGCCGAGAACCUUCUCAAGGCUACCUCCAACAGCAAGGUGAAGGAUAUGGUCUUGCUGGAGCUGAGCUACGUCAACUCCAACCUGCAGCUCCUCAUGGGCCAGCUGGAAGGACUCAACAGCUCCGUGGAGGUCUACCAGAGCAGCCAGGAAACUGCCAACAUCCCGCUCAUUGCCCUGGGUCUGAAGGAGACCAAAGAAGUUGACUUCGCCACACCCUUUAAGGAUUACAUUGUUUCACAUUACAACGAAGACGGAGCCGACUACGAAGACGAGCUUGCUGACUUGAUGGACUUGCGACAGUCGUGCAGGACACCAAGUCGCAGUGAGGCUGGCGUGGAGCUCCUGGCAAAGUACUUCAACCAUCUUCCUCUGGUGGAGAGUCGAUUCUUUUCGCCAACACAUCACAGUAGCAUAUUCUUCACUUGGUACGACUCCUUCACAGGCGUCCCAGUGUGCCAGCAGAACCUGUCGCUGGAGAAGGCCAGCGUGCUCUUCAACAUGGCCGCCCUCUACUCGCAGAUCGGCACCCGCAGUGACCGGCAGACGUCGGCCGGCCUGAAAGAGGCCAUUUCGGCCUUCCAGAAGGCGGCAGGCAUUCUGAACCACCUUAAGGAGACAUUCACACACACACCCAGCUACGACAUGAGUCCCGCCAUGCUGGCCAUGCUCAUCCGCAUGAUGCUGGCGCAGGCGCAAGAGUGUCUCUUCGAGCAACUCGCCCUGCCCGGCGUCCGCAAUGAGGUUGUGAGCCUGCUCAGGAUGGCGCAGGAGGCGGCCAAGGUGUCGGAAGUCUACGACCACGUCCACCAGUCCAUGAUCCAGACACCGGUGAAAGACAACGUGCCCUUUUUCUGGUCCACUAUGUCUCAAGUGAAGACCAACCACUAUCGCUCCAUGGCGCACUACUUUGUGGCCUCGGCCCUGCUGGACCAUCGCGUUGGUCCGAGCGACGACGAGGACCAGCAGGAAAAGUCCUUGUCCCAAGUGUAUGAUCACCUCCCUGACGGUUGUUCCCCUCUGGACAUUCUGAAGAAAACAGCCGAGCGAGAGCGAGUUGGAAGAGCCCACAUCCAUCGCGCCACCGCAGGCCACGAGGAGGCACUGAGGAUCUACUGCUUGUGCCAUCACCUCAAUAAGUUGGAGGUGCUGCAGGACAUCCUGAAGGCCAGCCACCAGCGCUCGCUGCACAAGGCCGGUGACAACCAAACGGGCGAGGAGUUCACCGAUUACCUCGACGCACCCGACAUUAUCUCAAAAACUGAGCAACAAGCAGAGUUGGAGGUUCCCGCCAUACUAAAGGUGAAAGUCAACGACUUUUUCCAGAGGCUGGGUCCUCUGUCAGUGUUCUCUGCCAAGCAGCGUUGGACAGCACCUCGGAAGGUGCGCCUGCGCACGGAGGACAGAGACCUGGGCUUCACCCUAAAGGGGGAGGCACCGGUCCAAGUUGUCUCGCUGGAUCCCCUUUGCCCUGCCGCUGCCGAUGGACUGAAAGAGGGCGACUACAUCGUUGCCGUGGGCGAGGCGGAAUGCAAGAGGUUGGGUGUGGGUGAGGUGAUGAGGCUGCUGAAGGACGUGGACGAGCAGGGUGUUGACAUCACGGUGGUCAGCGUGCUGGACAGCAACCCGACCAUGCCGGCAAAGAGCGCCACCUUCUGCGGCAACCUGCCCAAGACGUACUCCAUGAUCUGUCUGGCCUACGACAGCGACGACAAGAACGGCAAGACGCGCAAGGUCAGCAAGAAGUCGUCAUUCCUUAGCUGGGGCCUGAAGAACAAAUUGAAGAGCACCAGUACCGUCAGUCUGCCCACCGCGGAGCAGUCGUGGAACAAAGCCUGCCCGGCCUUCCCCCCCAGCUCUUACAAGGACGCCACCCUCUACUGAGUACCCAGGUGCCCUCUCCAGUGCACUCCGCAACACUGUGGGGAUGCAAACACUUUGGACAAAUAUUUAUAUUGAACACACAUGUAUAACAGUCCCCCCCCCCCUGUAGUUUAAAAUGAAUGAAUGAAAUGUUAUAAGCUGCUAACCAGUUGUUUCUGUAGUCCAGCCUUUAAAGGGAUCUUGAGUUAAGUGCCUGAGCCAGCCAACCAGUUGGUGACGUUAAUAAUUGGGCGUUGGAUGAACCGUGUCUGUGUGCUGCGUUUGCCAAAAUAUCCAGAAAAUUGGCAAUUUUGCUUGAAACAAACAAAAAAAAUGGCAGAUGACGACAAUAAUCUACCUUUUUUUUCCCUCAGUCGAUCCCGAUAUCCCGAUAACAAACUCGGGACAUGAUUUAAAAAAUAUUCUGAGUGUUAGAAGAUUAUUAGUCAUAUUCAUUUGAGUCAACAAAAAUUAGCUCAUGAAAAUCACGUCACACAAAAAGAGAGCAUUCUUUCGAGAAUGAAAUUGUUUCCCCCCUAAUACAGUAUUAAUCUUAUUAGAAUAAAUGCUUAAUAAUAAUGCUUUUAAGCCAUUGAAGUUUUUUUUAUAAAUAAAAUAACCACAUUAUUUUGGGUGGGAGGAAAAAUAUCACGGGAAUGAAUUUGUAUUUAAUUUUUUUACCCGAAUAAACUUGCAAUAUAAUGAGAAUGAAGUCAAAUUAAUUCGCAAUAAAAGAUUAAUAAAGAAUAAAGUUGCAUUUAUUUGCAUAAAAAAUAAAAGCAUCAUUUUACGACCGUUUUUAUUCACCUAGAACGUUGCAGUCACAGGAGAGUAAAGCCGCAUUCAUUUGGGUAAAAAAAAUAAAUAUUUUGAGAAAGCCGCAUUGUUUCAAAGAGAAAAGAUUAAUAAAGUUGUACUACUGAAGUUGAUUAUUUGGUUUACAAAAAGCCAUAAUCCCAACAGAAUUAAAUCCAACCCCCCAAUUCCAUUAAAUUCACAUUAAUUAAACAAAAAUCUUAAUAGGUGUAAUCUUAUGUGACGUAGUAUUUUCAAAGAAAUUUCAAUCUUUCUUACAAUGAUUUGAGAAAAACGAUGACAAUUUAAAAAAACAUUUGUUUGAGUAAAAAUCACAAGAAUGAAGUCCAACCAGUCACGGUUCACGUCUGUCUUUCUCGAGUUUACAGGUAUAAGAACUCCGCCUGCUACUUGUUAUCUUUACUUUUUACAACUUUGUUUCUCAAUUAAGUGUGUACCGAUUCCAAAGAAAAGAAAAACCAGCAGUUUGCGACCUGACCAACAAAGGGUCCCCGUCGUUCGAUGAACACAUUCAAUUUGUCCAAAUGUUUCCAUCAAAAUUUGCCUUUUUUUUUAAGUGCCUGGGACGCAUUAGUGAUUUAAGGUUUGCCUCGUGUAUACAGUACCACUAAUUGCCUCAACGUUACAGAAGUGCAGUUGCACAGAAAUGGUAGCACGUCCAUGAAUAAUAAUAAUAGAACAUCUUGUAAUGUGAAUGUAGGAGCAGACUGACCACAUCACCUUUAAUUGAACAUUCCACGGAAAGACUGCGGCUAUUUUUGCUGACACUUUUACAGUGUUGGGCUGAUCACGUGUGUCUACAAAGUAGAUUCUUAUACAUGUUUGAUAAUCAAAUUUAUUAUUUAUGUCAUACAAAAAAUAUGUUCCUGUUGGGUUUUGUGUAAUUUGUGAAUGGAAAACCUUUUUUGCACCUCGAAGGAAUGUGUGUGUGUGUGUGUGUGUGUGUCUCUGCUGGUACAUUGUCAUACAUAAGUAAACACUCUUAAGCAUUUAAGUGCCAUGUUUUUGUAAAGUGCUCAUGAUGAUGAUUUCGUGUGUUGUAUGAAGGUUUAUGCAUAUAUUGGACACCCAUAUUGUAUAUUGCAAACACACACAAAAAAAAGCAUUGUGUUGCUCACUGACUUCAAUUCGGGGGCUGUGGUUGUAUUAUUACUAGCUCAUGUCAUGUAUGUAAAUGCUUCUCUCUGAAAUUCUUGGUGUCUUGUGCUGAAUCUAAUCUUAAUAAAACAAAGGGGACAAAGA